AUGAACAUGGAUUCCGCACAAAAGGAGUUCAACAAACGCGCUCGACUGUCUGAAGACCUUGAAAACAAAGGCUCCAACAAGAUGAUUUAUUCAUCAUCGAUCCCUGAAUCUGCUACACCUCUGAAUAAAGGGCAUGACGGUUCUACAACCACCAUCCAAAACUUGUUUGUUGAAUCAAAACCUGAAGAGAAGCCGCCGAAAGUACUUAAGAAGAGAGGAAGGAAGAAGAAGAACCCAAAUCCCGAGGAAAUGAACUCGUCGACUCCAAAUGGAGAUGACUCAGAGAACCGCUCGAAAUUCUACGAGAGUGCUUCUGCUAGAAAGAGAACUGUAACCGCAGAGGAAAGAGAGAGAGCCAUCAAUGCAGCCAAAACAUUUGAGCCGACCAAUCCUUUCUUUAGAGUUGUCCUGCGGCCAUCUUAUCUAUACAGAGGCUGCAUCAUGUACUUGCCUUCAGGGUUUGCUGAGAAGUACCUAAGCGGGAUAUCUGGUUUCAUCAAGCUCCAGCUCGGUGAGAAGCAAUGGCCAGUGAGGUGCCUUUACAAAGCAGGGAGAGCAAAGUUUAGCCAAGGAUGGUAUGAGUUCACACUCGAGAACAACAUCGGCGAAGGAGAUGUAUGCGUGUUUGAGCUACUCAGAACUCGGGACUUCGUCCUGAAAGUCACCGCCUUUCGCGUCAAUCAGUACCCGUGA